UAUCUCCUGAGGGGCCAAGUAUAAAAAAAGGCGGAACCACAAAUAGCAUCCUUAUCAGGCAAAGGCAAGAUAGAUGGGGGAAGAGAAUUCAAAACCCAAGAGUUCAUACACCAAAGACACAAUUAUCUCCGAUGAAUUAUCUAAGGAGGCCGUUGCUUUGGUGGAUCUUCUCUUCAUCCAGAUGCGACAGGGCGAUUACAACAUUCCACGUCAAUAUGAAGUUAAGGACUCAUUCUCUGAACUCACUCGCAGCUGCCUCAAGGUCCACAACAUCCAUCCCGGCAAAGUCUCCUGCAUUCUAUCUGUCAAACCUUCAAUCUCGAAUUUUUAUCGUAGCAUGCAUGGAGGAGCAGUUGGAGCUGUCGCAGAGAGGGUGUCAAUUGCCUGUGCCAGAACUGUUGUAGGAAAGGAUAAGGAACUCUUUCUUGGAGAAUUGGGAAUUUCAUAUAUUUCUGCUGCUACAACCAAUGCAGAGGUGGUCGUAGACGGGUCUAUCCUUCGGAGUGGAAGGAACAUAACUGUCGUUGCAGUUGAUUUUCGGCUCAAGGACUCAAGCAAAUUGGUCUAUACCUCGAAGGCAACAUUCUAUCACAUGCCUAUCGCAAGUUUAUGAACUUAAACUCAACACAUUAAGUAGAUACAUUUGCUAAACACGUUCAGCUAAUGUAUAAUGGCAAAUCAUUGGCAUCACUAGAUGAUCAAAGACCAAGCAACCCAGGUUUAAUGAUUAGAGAGUGUUAUAAUAUUUGAUUGCUUUAGUUUGGUAAUUUACAGACAUUAUUUUGUACGCUAGUCUCUCGGCACGCAUUUUGUGUGUGUAUCAUAUCAAUUAAUAUUCAAAACAAUAAUAUAGAACUUGCAUAAA